UGCCCACACCGCCCUUGACCACACCCCACCACCAACCGCCCUCCCCUUGGCGAUCCCCACACACUUGCCCAACCAACCACACUUGUCCCACGCCUCUCCUCCUCCUCUCCUCUCGCCUUGUACGAGUCUCACCUUGCUGCGUCCAUCCACCCACCGACCAUCCACCACUUCCCCCAAAGUCUCCUCCUUUCUCCCUUCUCAGCCAAGCAACCAAGCGAUCUCGCCGAUGAAGAGGGAGGGGUUCCAGCACGGCGCCGUCCGGGUCAACCGCAACAAGCUGCUGCGGGUCGCCGGCGGCACCAACGGCGACGCGGCGGCCGCGGCGCUGGAGCUCGCCGGCGUCGCCUACGCCAGGGCGCCGUCCAAGCCGACCAACGCGUCCAGGGACACGGGCCGGUGCCGGCGGCCCCGGUGCGCCGGCUGCCACGUGCACCCCGCCGCCAAGGCCCGGGACAAGGCCAAGGGCGCCCACAAGCUGCGCGCCUCCGACGUCGCGCUCAACCACCGCCUCGUCUCCUGGCGCCUCGUCGACGGGGACCCCGCCGCCGCCGCCGCCCGCACCGGCGGCGUGCCCGACUACAAGGGCGCCUCCGCGUCCGCCGUGCUCGCCUACCUCGCCGGCGGCAACAGCUGGCACGCCGAGGACGAGGAGGAGGACGAUGACGGCGCAGAUCUUCAGGCCCCCCCAAGGGGGAUCUCCGACCUGUACGACCUCAUCGUCGGCCUCCAGGCCCGCGCGGCCCCUGCGCCGGGCGGCCCAGAAGACGACGCCGAUGGCACGGCAGCAGUAACACCCAGCGAUGAAAUCGAGGAGCACGAUGCUGAAAUCACUGACGACGCCGACGAGGAGGAGGAGGACGACGACGGGUUCUGCGUGGUGCAGGGCAUCACCAUCGCGCUCGAGUUCUCCGACGGGGAGGAGGACUGGAUCGUGGUCUGAUCUCAUUCAGUUUGCAAAUAAUAAGACGUGCAACAGAGGUCAGCCGUCCGCAUCCCUCCGCCUCUGCUGCCGCUGCGCAAUUCCCUUCCAUCCGCAUCUGCUCUGUUCCUGUUAAUUGAUGAUCGUGUCCCUGUGUGUAUACUGCUCUGUUGUCAUGUUAAUUGGUCGUGUCCCUGUGUAUAUAUCUGGUGACUGUCUGUCUAAUUUGUCAAAAAUUCAUGGAUUAUCAUGACCUGAAUCUAUCAAUCAUGUGUGAAUAAAAUUAAUGAAGAAGUUAUUCAUUCCUCUUCA